AUGGCGAUCUCCCUCACGCAGUACGAACACCACCUCAGGCUCCAGCGCCACAAGAUCAUCGGGAUUGAUCUCGAGUACAACAACGAGCCUGAAGUGAUGCAGAAACCCGCCCUCGUCCAACUCUCCGUCGGCAAGACUCGGUCGGUGCUGCUCUUCCAACUGAGCGUCGCUGAAAGGUGCACCAUCUUCGACAACUUCCUUGCCGACCCUAGGUACACCUUUGUUGGCUUCUCCAUCGACGGUGACAAAACCAGGCUAGAGCGCAUCAAUCUGGAGGUCGCCAACUUCGUCGACAUCCAGAAGGAGUGGAGGGUGCCCGAGGCAACCAAGGAGUUGGACUCCCUUGCAAACAUCUCCGGCAUGCUCAUCGACGACUACUACAACAACAUGAAGAAGAUCAUCGACGAUGAACACAAGCGCUGGGCCACCCUGCCUCUGUCCAUGAGUCACAUCGAGUACGCGGCAAAGGACGCCUACGCAGCGUACAAGAUAUGGAACCGCAUCACCCUCACCCAGGAUGGGCUUCGCCGUGCAAAGCUAGAGAAGGAGGAACCCCCCAAGAAGCACGCCAGGAGAAGCUGGGGAUGGGGAGACGCUACCUGGUGA